AUGGCUCACCAAGCACACUCUUACCAUAUAGUAGACCCCAGCCCGUGACCUAUCCUCGGAGCUGCCGCCGCCCUCUUAGUCACCUCAGGAUUGACAAUAUGAUUCCACUACAACUCCCCCCGACUCCUAAUCCUAGGACUACUCGCCACCAUCCUAGUUAUAUUCCAAUGAUGACGAGAUAUUGUACGAGAAAGCACAUUCCAGGGCCACCACACCCCCAUAGUACAAAAAGGACUACGAUACGGCAUAGUCCUAUUCAUUACAUCAGAAGCCUUCUUCUUCCUAGGCUUUUUCUGGGCCUUCUUCCACUCAAGCCUAGCCCCCACUCCAGAACUAGGAGGACAAUGACCACCCGUCGGAAUUAAGCCCCUAAACCCCAUGGAAGUCCCCCUCCUAAACACCGCCAUUCUCUUAGCCUCAGGAGUUACUGUCACAUGAGCACACCACAGCAUCACAGAAGCAAACCGAAAACAGGCAAUCCAAGCCCUCCUACUAACAGUCCUUCUAGGCUUUUACUUCACAGCCCUCCAAGCCAUAGAAUACUACGAAGCCCCCUUCUCCAUCGCCGAUGGAGUCUACGGCUCAACCUUUUUCGUCGCCACUGGAUUCCACGGGCUGCAUGUGAUCAUUGGCUCUACAUUCCUACUAGUAUGCCUGCUACGCCUAAUCAAAUACCACUUCACAUCAAACCACCACUUUGGGUUCGAGGCAGCAGCCUGAUACUGACAUUUCGUAGACGUUGUAUGACUAUUCCUCUACAUUUUCAUCUACUGAUGAGGAUCUU